UCUUCUCUGCUACACGACUCUUUCCCUCCCUCCACCACCACUCACCCACUUUACGAAUCACACUCUUUACCGCACACUCCCUCCAACCACCAUUAUCUUAAUUAAUUCACACGGCAAGAGGCACACCCACUACCAAAGGAUUUCGCACACGCUCGGGAGGAGUCUGGUCCAACAACUCCAGCCGAAGGAAAUUUGCUCUGGGUAGUUUACUCAAUCUGCAAAGAUGGACAUUAGAGCAAAGAAAGCGAUUGGGAAAAAUCGUGUGAAGAUUUUGCAACUUGAUUACUUUGAUUUGACCGCACCCCUUUUGGCAGGGGAUAUUUUACCGAUCAAGAAGCACAAGGAUAUUAAAACCGAGGCUCCUACCAACAAAGCCAGGAUUGAUCUUUUGCUCGAGUGGAUUGAUGAAAGUGCUCCUAAAGAUGCCUUCCCCACAUUUCUUCAAGGCAUACGAAAUUGCCAGGAAAAUAUGUUGGCCAAAAAAAUUAAAAAGGAAGCCACGGAUGGUGGAAUGGAAAUGCCGAAAAAGCCUGCUGCUGUGAAAGUGAACAAGCCACCCACAAUUUUGCCUGGAAUUGGUGGCGUUUCAACCUUUCUUACACCAAAUGCCUUGGACAAAUCAAAGGCAAAAUCACCAAAGCCUAAAUCUGCGACAAAAGCUAAGACAGAAGUAAAAACAGAAGUUUCUGGGUUGGGGACCUUGACACUUCCAUUUAAUGGGCUGGGAUCAUUGUUACCCCCACCUGUUGGCUUGCCCACUCCGCCUUCACGCAAACGAAAGUCGGGAGCUGAGAAACCGAAAACUCUCAAAAUCAAAACGCCUACUAAUGGUCCUCCAAAGCCGGACGACACAAAGGUGGUAACAAAAAGUGCUCCUACCCCCAAAGUUGAACCUGGCACAAAGAAAGCACAAGGAGCAAAGAUCAAGCUUCCUAAAGCUCCACGAGUGACAAGGAAAUCUUCCACUGAAAAAGGAGAUGAAGCUGACAAAAAGCCGAAGGUUGUUAAAAAGAAACCUGAUGCACCUGGAACAAGUGCCCCUAAAUCACCCAAAGCUAUUGGAAAGGCAAAGAUGAUGACUUUCAAAGAAGUGGAAACCAAACAACAAGACUCGCGACAAAAAUUUCGUUUCAAGAACAAUGACGCAGUUGUGAAAAUCGUGCACUUCAAAGAUAAGACGGAUAUUUCUUACCUGGGUUGCCCAUUUGAAGAAAACAACAAAGUUUGCGAGAAGAAGGUGGAGCUGAAGAGCAAAGAAUUUGUGUGUGACUCUCGACACAAAAGUCCCAACUGCAAACAAAUACCUCGACUUUACGUCACUUGCAGCGACGGAACUGCCGAUCUACAGUUGACUCUGUUGAAAAAAGAUGUUGAAGGUUUCUGUGGUAAAUCCACUGCCGAACUCGGUAAUAUUUCCAUACAAGAUAUCAAGGAGGCUUUAGACGUCACGGUUGGAAAGAAGUAUGCAGUUGAAGUACAUUGCGAAAAAGCAAAGAAGGCAGCAAAGAAGUCCACCAUCCCCAAAUGGAACAACUUGGCUACAAUUUUUUCAGGUACCGACGAUGCCUCCCCUGCCAAGAAGAAGCGUAAGAAUUAACCGACCAAUUGGCGCUUGCAUUUAAUGACGAUGAUGAUGAGGGUGCGGAUAUCGAGGUGUUUCUCGAUAAGAUUUUUUUUAAGAUUUUCUGCAGCAAGGAAAAUUAUUCUAUUUUCAUAGUAAAUGUAUUUUGACUAUAAAACAACUAUAACUCCAAGAUAAAGUUAGUUAGCCAGAUGUCCUUCAGCUUUUAUCUAACAGAUCAAUCGUAGUUUUACGUAUUUAAUAAUGCUGAUUACAUAUUUACGUAGUCUAGAAAAGUUAUACAGUUUAUAAGGUAUAUAAUAUAUGAAAAUACUUUUGUUCUACAAAUGUAGAUGAUCAUUUUAUAUGACCCCGUACGUAGAGUGGUGUGUGAAACAAUAGUGUAGUUGUGUUAUUAUAUAUUUGUUUGGGAGAAAAUUAAAAUUUCUUAUAACAUACAGUCUCAAUAAUUUUUAACUGGUUACUACUAAUAAAGCUACUUUCGAGAGAAUAA